AUGGCCUACCUGUCUCAGGUCCGCCGACGGCGCCUUUUCGAGCUGCUACAAGAGCAGCAGGAGCCGUUCCUGCUGGAUGUCUAUCUCCUGGAGCGAGGCUACUCGGACAGGCUUCUCGCGUCCCAGUCUACGUGCCCUGCUUGCUGGCCUGGCAAUCCAUGCAGGAGGAGGACACAGAAGCUGACCGGCCGGCGUUUCAGGACCAGGAGAGAAGGGACGGUGAAGAACAUGCUCAGCAAGCUGUUCUCUAGGAGGGCCACGAAGAACGCCUUGCACUGGAUCGAUACUGCUGCUGUGCCUCAUGUCCGCCACACGGAAAAGAACAAAGGUUUCGCUCUGACAACAAAAGUGUUAGACAUCUUCAACGAGCUUCUGAAGGUAGCUUACACUCCUGCCUUCUAUCAGCUGGUUGGAUCGAAGAGGCAGUUCGAUCGAUCGGAUGUGCAUCUUUUGCACCGUGAGAAGGAAGCAGACGAAGAAUCCCCUGAGACAACCGGAAAGUUCGUCAUCCCUCGAAGGAAGAAGAAGAAUAAGACGAGGUUUACAAGAUUAAGACGGUUGAUAGGCUCAGAGAUGUCGAGCUCGGGGAGGGAAUGGGGUGUGUUCCAGCCUCAGGCUUCCGACAUUGGAGCAGAGAUAGAAGCUACCAUUUUCGAAGACAUCAAAGAAGAAGUAAUCCUGGAGAUGAUGGGCUCUCAUUGCACCUCUGUGAGGAGAUCUUAA